UUUCACUUUAUUUAUUUCGCUUUGGUUGGAAGCUGAUCCCUUGGCAGACGACGAGUCAGCUCAGUUAAAUAUUUAAACUCAGUCACCGGCUCGGACGGGAAUUUUUAACUGGCGGAAUGGAGGUUCGGCGGGGACACUGGUGGUCGGACAAACAGCUUGGCUGACACGAUGCUGUGGCCGAUCCUCCUUUCUCCUUCACGGUCGUAAAAAGAUGACUAAGGGUACUUCGUCCUUUGGUAAACGCCACACCAAGUCGCAUACUUUGUGCCGUCGUUGCGGUCGCCGCUCCUUCCACAAGCAGAAGAAAACCUGCGCUCAGUGCGGUUACCCUGCUGCUAAAAUCAGAUCUUUCAACUGGUCCGAAAAGGGUCAACGCAGAAAGACCACCGGUACCGGUCGCAUGCGCUACUUGAAGGAAGUUCACCGUCGUUUCAAGAAUGGUUUCCGUGAGGGCUCCCAAGCUGUCAAGCGAUCCCAGCCUGCCUCUGCUUAAAAAGCUUUAAACGUCGUUUUUCCGAUUUAAUGAUCUUGCUUGUCGCGCAAAAAACAAAAGAAUAAAUUUACAGAAACGAAUGUGUUCCCCAACUCGCUCAUUGUACACAACUCAUGUUUUCUCUUCUUUUUCUCC